AUGAGGAAGCUGACUGCUGGCUUCCUUCUCUCAUUCCUCAAGGUGCUACUCCUGAAUCCAGCACCUGCCCCAGCCCAGGAUCCGACUUCGAGCUCCACUCCAGGCAGCCCUCUCUCUCCCACCGAGUAUGAACGUUUCUUCGCAUUGCUAACCCCAACUUGGAAGGCAGAGACUACCUGCCGUCUCCGUGCAACCCACGGCUGCCGGAAUCCCACACUCGUCCAGCUAGACCAGUAUGAAAAUCAUGGCUUGGUGCCUGACGGUGCUGUCUGUUCCGACCUCCCCUAUGCCUCGUGGUUUGAGUCUUUCUGCCAGUUUACUCAGUAUCGUUGCUCCAACCACGUCUACUAUGCCAAGAGGGUCCGUUGCUCCCAGCCGGUCUCAAUUCUCUCACCUAACACUCUCAAGGAGAUUGACACUCCAGCCGAAGUCCCACCCACCACAGUGACCUCUCCCAUCUCAUCACAUGUCACAGCCACAGAGCGACAGGUCUUCCAGCCCUGGCCUGAGCGGCUUAACAACAAUGUGGAGGAACUGCUACAGUCCUCCUUGUCCCUGGGAGGUCAGGAACAAGUGUCAGAUCACAAGCAAGAGCAAGGACAAGAACACAAGCAAGAGCAAGGACAGGAGCAUAAACAGGAGGAAGGGCAGGAACAAGAAGAGCAAGAGGAGGAACAAGAAGAGGAGGCAAAGCAGGAGGAAGGACAAGGGACAGAGGAAGGACUGGAGACCAUGUCUGGACUGCAGACAGACCCAGAGCCCAAGUUUCAAUCUGAAUCUUUAUCUUCCAAUCCUUCCUCCUUCACUCCCAGGGUAAGGGAAGUGGAGUCUACUCCUAUGAUGAUGGAGAACAUCCAGGAACUCAUUCGAUCAGCCCAAGAAAUGGAUGAAAUGAAUGGAGCCUAUGAUGAGGAAUCCUGGAAAAGUUCAAACCGUGGCAGCCUCCUGCAGCUGCCCCAUGUGGAAGCCAUGCUGGUGCUGUGCUAUUCGAUUGUGGAGACCGCCUGCAUCAUGACUCCCACUGCUAAGGCCUGGCAGUUCAUGGAGGAGGAAAUCCUUGGUUUUGGAAGGCCGGUCUGUGACAAUCUUGGGCGGAGACACACACCUUCCUGUGCCCUCUGUGACUUCUGCUCCCUAAAACUGGAGCAGUGCCACUCAGAAGCCAACCUGCAGCGGCAGCUGUGCGAUGGCUCCCACAAAACAGCUUUCGUCAGUCCCUUCCUCACAUCCCAGAGCAUAUCUAUUGGCACCCAGACAGGGCCCAAACAAGCAGGCCGCUUUUAUGGGCUGGAUUUGUAUGGCGGGCUCCGUAUGGACUUCUGGUGUGGCCGACUUGCCACAAAGGGCUGUGAAGAUCCCCGAGUCGCCGGCUGGCUGCAGACUGAGUUCCUCAGCUUCCAGGAUGGAGAUUUUCCCACCAAGAUUUGUGACACAGACUACGUGCAGUAUCCAAACUAUUGUGCCUUUAAAAGCCAGCAGUGUCUGAUGAGAAACCAAGAUCGGAAGGUAUCCCGUAUGAGAUGUAUGCAGAAUGAGACUUACAAUGUGAUGACCCAGGCCAAAAGUGAGGAUAUUGUGCUUCGCUGGAGCCAGGAGUUUAGUACCUUGACUCUAGGCCAAGCAGGAUGA